AUGAGUUCAAAAGAAGACGAAGUACAACGUGCCAAAUUAGCAGAACAAGCUGAAAGAUAUGAUGAUAUGGUUAGUGCAAUGAAAAAAUUAGCAGAAUCAAAUAAUGAAUUGACAACUGAAGAAAGAAAUUUAUUAAAUACUGCGUAUAAAAAUGUUAUUGGUGCAAGAAAAUCAGCAUGGCGUACUUUUUCGUCAAUUGAACAAAAGUCUGAAGGUUCAGAGCCAUAUAGACAACAAAUGGCCAUAGAAAAUCGUGAAAAAAUUGAAAAAGAGCUGAAACAUAUUUGUCAAGAAGUUAUUAUAUUAUUGGAUAAAUUCUUAAUCCCAAAAGCUACAUCAAUUGAGUCGAAAGUUUUCUAUUUAAAAAUGAAAGGAGAUUAUUAUCGUUACUUUUCUGAAAUUAUAACUGGUGAUGGAGAUCGACAAAAAGUGAUUGAAGAAUCACAACGAGCAUAUAACGAUGCAUUCGAUAUUGCCAAAAGCCAAAUGCAACCAACACAUCCAAUUCGACUUGGUCUUGCAUUGAAUUUUUCUACAUUUUAUUAUGAAAUAUUAAAUGAUCCUGAUCAUGCUUGUCAUUUAGCUAAACAGGCUUUUGAUGAUGGUAUUGCUGAGCUUGAUACACUAAAUGAAGAUUCAUACAAAGAUAGCACACUCAUGAUGCAAUUCCUGCGAGACAACCUUGCAUUAUGGACCAGUGAUGCUCCAGAUGCUGAUAAACCAAAUCAAUCAGAAGAAGGAAGUAGUAAUGCUGAGAAAUCGUCAGAAAUCAAGGAUCUUGAAAUUGUGGAACCUAUAAAUUCAUGGAAAAAUAGAACAAAACGGUUCGCGGAUUAUGAACCUUGUCUAUCAGAUUUGAUCACAGAUGACCGUGAUGAAUCGUUGGCGUUGAUUGAACGUCAGCGCACAAGUAGGACUACUGUACCACGAGUACCACCACCCGUGCUACCGCACUCGUGUGGUACGAUGCUGUUUGGGUCUCCAACAGUAUCUAAGCAACAAAAUAGUUCAUCAGUUUUAACUACGUCGGUUCAACCUGAAACGAAAUCAUUUGGCUCUGGCUCUGAAUUUACAUUAGUAGACCAAAAAAAAGUGACCUCUGCACAGGCUGCAUAUGCAAGACGUGAUGAAGGAACAUAUAUUAGCAUCGAACCGCAAACAAGCACAAUUACUACACAACAAUAUGAAUCUUCAAAAUGUACGGUUAAUUUGCAAGCUGAUGUUGAUCAAGUUAUCAACAUUAUGGGAGACAAUCUUCAUCAACUAUUGGAACGUGAUGCACACCUUUCAACACUUGAAAUGCGAGCCGAUGCUCUACAAACUGCAGCAUCACAGUUUUCAAUAUGCGCGAGCAGUUUAAAGAAGAAAACACAGUCACAACAGUUAAAAAUUAAGACAUUUGAUCAUUCCGAAAGGGUCUGUGAUUUGAUGUUAGUAGACGUAGUACCAUUGUCACUAGGAGUUGAAGCAGUAGGUGGGAAAAUGGUUGCUCUUCUGCGUCGAAAUACAACGAUACCAACAAAACAAGAAUGUACUUCAUUUACAAAUGCAUAUCCCUAUCAAAAAACGGCUAUUAUAAAAAUUUUCGAAGGAGAACAUCGAGAAACUAAACAUAAUAUAUAUUUGGGUGUACUUUCAUUAGAAAAUUUAUCACAAAAUUUUGCACCUCGAGCAUUGAGAAUAGCAAUAUCAAUGGAUAUUGUUGCAAAUGGCGAUUUAUUCGUUCAAGCAGAAGAAACAUUAUGCGGCACAAAAAAUUCAAUUAAAAUAACGAGUGGUGAAACGGCUGGUGUUACAACUAGUUUCUCAAACUAUAGUAAUAUUAUGUGUGUUAAUAACAUCCCAUUACUUAAUCAAAUGAAAGAAACAUUUAUAUCAACUAGUUUAAUUGAGAAUAUAUUUCAACUACAAAAUCCAGAUGGUUCUUUUUCAUUUUCAACAAAGUUAGGAGAUUAUUUCUCUCUUGACUUUCAAAUAGUUGAAGAACAGCUGAUUGCACAAGGAUUAAACUCAUUAGCUGAAAACAUACGAAAUGAAGUAACCAAAUUAAUUUGUACGGCUUGUAUUUUAUUUUAUUUUUUAUACAAAAGUAAAUUAUCAUUAAAAAUUAAUUUUCCACUUGAUAUUAAUUCAAUAAAAAAUAUCACUGAAAAUGUUAGAAACUUUUUCAAUACAGGAGCGUUAAUCGAACCGGAAAUGCAAUCUUAUGUAAAACGUGGUGAAAUGGCUGUUGAUUAUGUUUUAAAAAUACGUGAUUUACAUGCAUUAUAUUGUACGCAUAUGGAAUUAGGUUCAACAUGGGAAUUAUAUAUUCAGCAAACAUUACUUGGACUUGGUGAUGGUACAGAAACACAAAUCAAUUCACCAAUUGGAUCUAAUAUCGAUUUAAUCACAAUUCUACAAGAAGGAACAACAAAAAGAUCAGUUCACGUAGGAUUUUCUACGAUGGUCAAACGAUCAUUAAAGAAACCUUCAGCGCAGAAUUCAACCGAAUCCACGGAUCCACCGUCACAUUCGAUUUCUACACCAAUAUCAUCAUAUUCAACUAUUUCGAAACAAAGUGCUUCAUCUAUUUCAAUCGGCAAUGAUAAUAACAGUAAUAAAGACGGUGAGAAUGAUAAAGAAACAAAAGAAAUAGACGAAGAGGAUAUUUGA